AGAUUUAUGGUAUUACGGGGGAAAUAAAGUUAAGCAUGCAACGGCGCAAGAGAACGAACAAGGGAGUCAUUUCAAAGGCAAAUCUCGCUUACUACUACUAUUACUUUACUGAUUUCUGAGUAAUACUGAGUCUUCGGUCUUCGCGAAUCGCAGAUUUGUUCAUAGAUAUUGCUGAAAUGAGGCGACGAGCAGGAGUAGGUGCCAUACAAAGGCAAAAAAUCCAGCAAGACAAGUUUAAAGAGAAGGGGAGUGAAAUUCAAGAAAAUCAGAUAGAACAGAUGACUCUCCAAAUGGAAAAGUUCCGUGAAAAUUUGGAAGAAUUUGCUGCCAAGCACAAGAAUGAAAUAAGAAAAAAUCCACAAUUCCGCAAACAGUUUCAAGAAAUGUGUGCAUCUAUUGGUGUAGAUCCAUUAGCUUCUGGUAAAGGUUUUUGGUGUGAGAUGCUGGGUGUUGGUGACUUUUAUUAUGAGUUAGGAGUACAGAUUGUAGAGUUGUGUGUGGCAACUAGUCAUCGCAAUGGUGGAGUUCUCUCCCUUGAAGAGGUCAUGAGGAGACUCAAUCACAGACGACGUCAGGACAACCAAAUAUCAGGGGAUGACAUUGUACGUGCCGUGAAGAAGUUGCGAAUUUUAGGGUCAGGAAUGGAAGUGGUAGCCACUGGGUCAUCACAGUUUAUUUAUUCAAUUCCUGGUGAAUUGUCAAUGGACCACACAACAGUCCUUCAAUUGGCAGAGAAGAUUGGACACAUGACAGUAGCUUCUGCUGCAUCUGAUCUAGGGUGGACACAUGAGAGAGUUAGUCGAACUUUAGAUCAUUUGCUGCGCAUUGGUGUAGCUUGGCGUGAUGAUCAAGAUCGGCCCACAUCUUAUUGGUUUCCAGCAUUUUUUCAGCAAUGUACAUCUGCCGAGUAAUGUCAGGAAAGAUGGGUUUCAACAGAUGUAAAAAAAUAAAUUUAUAUGUUUUCCAUGCCCAUCCAUAAUACGUACAUUAAGGUGGAUUAGUACUUUGUUACAGUUUUUGUAUCGACUUGUAUACGUAACCAUGAUACUGUACUGGAUGGAAGAAUGCUGCUUCUUCAGAAUAUAUAUUUAUGAAAACUUAUUUUAGAAUCAGUGCCUUAUGAGAGCAUGUGCUUGAAAUGGUUUAUGUACUGGUACACGUAUAUGCAUUAUACUUGUAAUUCAAAAUUGAUAAAUGGCUAGAUUUAAGUUUUUGCCCAAGUUGUUUUUUCUCAUUUACAAUAUUUGUAUUUUCAAGUUCUCCAUGGCAAAUACAGCACUGUAUAAUUGUAUUUGCAGGAAUGGUCUUGUAGUUUUUAGCAAAUGUAGAUGUAUUCUUCAAGUCAUAAGUUAGUUGUGUGCUGUUUUUUAAAGUACAGUAUAUUCAUUCUUAGUGAACUUUUUCUGUGAAUUGAAUUGGGAAUUUAGAGGAAAUAUACAAUGGUGUUUUUCUUACUGACAUUACAGGUCUGACAGGUAUAUUAUCUUUUUGUGCUUUGGGAACUCACAUAAAUUUCCUUGUGUUGUACCUGUUGUGUAUAUAACUGUAUAUUCAUAAUUAUUGAUAACUUCUUUUGUUUGCCACAUUUUUAGAUUUCUGUUAAUCUUAUCUUCAAACAUAAGGCUGGGAAUUUUAUACGAGUUCCCUAAAGUAUAAAAAAAUGUUCUUGCCAGACCAGUAAUAGUCAGCAAGAAAAACACUGUUGUACAUUUUCUCUGAAUUCUCAUUUCAGUGAGAUGCACUGAGUCUUGAUUUCAUUGCAUAAAUCAAAUUCCUCUGCAUAUCUGCAGCAAGUGUCAAUUAAGUCACUGGAAACCUUGCACUGAUGGGGAAAUUAGAACCAUAUCAUCCACUCAACAGGUUGCUUAUUAUUUCGUCGAUAGUGCUUCUGAUUGGAGGCGAGUUAAGUUUGACAUUCAGGGCAUCUGUACAUAUUAAACAGGCAUGGAAAGAAAAAUCACCCUUGCUGGAGCCAAAGCUGUACAACAACACAUUACCCAAUUUGACACAGAACUGCUGUGUGGAGAACCAGCAACAAUAUAAAAUGCCAAUGAAAUAAAGAGAAGUGCCUAUUCUUUGCAGCUUAAAGGGAAGCUUCAGUUAGUUUAUUCUGUCAAAUGCUUUUCUCACAUCUACAAAACAAGAAAACAGGAGAGGCUGUAGAUAGGUAAUAGUUCAGCAAUUCUUUCAGAAUGCAGAUGCAGGCAUAGGUUGAGUGUUUUGCUUUAAAUGGUUGUCAGUAUUGUGUAGAAUGAGAACUCUCACUAGAAAAACCAACUCAAGUAUCCUCAACGCAAUUGUAGUAAUUGUAAUCAGGCAAUAAUUGCCAGGGUCAGCCAGUAUUUCACAAGACAUAAUGACCAAACAUAGAAUCUUUCCUUGCUGGAAAGCCAUUAGAUUUCAUGGUUUUUUAAUACGUGAAAGAUGGACUAAAACUUUAAUCAUUUUAAUGCAGUACAAAAGCAUUGCAAUGGGAACAGUUUGAAAGGAUAGAGUGCUACGUUUUCAUAAUUGUAGCUGGUUUGGAGGGGAAAUGAAAACAAUAUUUUCAACAGUUAUUUACUGGAGAAAUUAUAUCAAGAACUACCAUUAUCAGCUUUCUUAACUAGAGACCUUACUUUCACUGGGACAUUCUAUCUGAUAUUCCAUUGUUAUCUUUAUAGAAAUUAAAUACAAAUCUAUAAUGAAAUAUGGAAUGACAUUCUCUAGGCACUGAAAUUUGAUUUGGUCACUAGCAACAAAUAACAGUACAUCUCGGUUAUAUACUAGACCAUAAAAAUCCCCACACAAACACAAAAUUCAUGUAAACAAAAAUACCCUAUAUCUGGCUGCUAUGUUAUUCAUGAAAAAAUGAAGUAAUAUGACCUUAAAUCAUUCAAAUACAAUUUCUUUUUUCUCUGAUAAUCCACACCUUAAAUUUAAGGUUUUAACUAAAUUAUCUCUUAAGAGUGAACUUUAUCAUACCCAAGACUCUAGUUUAUAUUUUAUCUUAAUCUCUACACUGAAUCACUAUCAUUGUACUAUUCAUUUAUAAAAAUAAAGUUGCUGCUUGCAAA